AUGGCCGCGGAUCUCGCCAACCGCAUCGGCGAGCUGAAUCCCUUCUCCUCCAAAAACAAACAUCUAAAUGAUGAAGAUUAUGGCGAAGAAAUCGACAACAACACAGUCGCUGGCGGUGGUCACACUGGUCGUCACAUCGUGACCGACCUCAGAGUCAGCAGCGCCUUGAGAGAAUUCAUCGCCAACGAAAAGAUCCUCUCCAAGAAGGAAGCUGGCGUUAAAUCUGAUGAUGUAUCGCGCGCUCUGCUGGAGCUUGUUAGCAAGCCGCACAUUCGCGUGCCGCCAGAGCUCACGGAUAGAUCGCACCCUCUGCCAGAGUACUACAUCAGCUCGAGCCAUAAUACUUAUCUCAUGGCCCAUCAGCUCUAUGGAUCUUCGUGUGCGACCGCUUAUGAAACUGCGAUCAAGACUGGAGCGCGGUGUGUGGAGAUUGACGCUUGGGAUAACGGCGACAAUAAAGAUGAACCCAAGGUGACCCAUGGCUAUACUCUGGUGUCCAACAUUUCCUUCCGGGCGGUGUGUGAAACCAUCAGAGAUUCAGCCGACCAGGAAGAACUCGAUUCGAGAAAGCUCGGCUUCCGACCUUCGCCUAUACUGUUGUCGCUAGAGAACCACUGCGACGCCUAUGGUCAGAUGCGCCUCGUCAACAUUAUGCAAGAGGUGUUUGGUCACCGUCUUCUAAGCAAGGCUGUGCGAGAUAUUGGUCAUAAUGAACAGGCUGGGUCAGGGGACCAUGUUCGCUUGGAGGAUCUAGGUGCCAAAAUCGCUGUCAUCGUUGAGUACCAUUUCCCAGGCGAGCCUUCAGACAGCGACUCCCACUCAGACGACGCAUCAGACGAAGAGGAGGAAAAGGCUGCGCGAAAGGAGUACAAGGAUAAGAAGAAUGAGGAAGUGUGCUCAGUCAUCAUAUCUGAGCUUGCCGAGCUGGGUGUCUAUGCGCAAUCCGUCAAACCACUCGACAACUCAUGGUACGAAGAGGGCACUCUCACCAAUGGGCCUCAUCACCAUCUCAUCAACGUCUCUGAGUCAGGCUUAGCGAAGCAUCUCCCCGAACACACAGCAGCGAUCUCCAGACACAACGCCCAACACCUCAUGCGUGUCUUCCCCAAGGGUACCCGUAUCUCGUCCACCAAUCUGAAGCCCGUUCCUUAUUGGGGAAUCGGCGCUCAGAUUUGUGCACUCAACCUGCAGAGAUUCGGAGCUAGCAACCAGCUCAACGAAGCUCUCUUUAGCGGCACAGACGGCUACGUCCUCAAGCCCGCUGCUCUCCGUGCCGGUGGAAACGGGAAACUCAGCACAGGUCGAAGCAAGCGUCUCCGUCUGCACGUCGCAGGCGCAACAGAUGUUCCUCUGGAUGCAGACUCUACCAAGCCGUACCUUACAUGCACACUACACCACCCAGACGACCUCAAAAAUGAACCGCCAAAGCGCAAGACAGAACCAUACAAGCAGCACAAGCUCGAGUUCCUACACCGCGGACCAAACCCGCCACCUACGGAUCCGCUCUGGGACGAGACUCUGACUUGGGAGUAUGAAGACAACGAGCUGGUGUUCUUGCGAAUGCUCAUCAAGAGCGAUGAUAGUUGGGCGGUGAACCCCAUUUAUGCGGUGGCUGCGGUACGAUUGCUCUAUGUUGUGCCAGGCUGGAGUUUUAUUCGCAUGUUGGAUCCCAAGGGUCAUGAGACGCAGUGUUCGAUCUUGGUCAAUUUUGAGAUUAUCGAUGCUUAG